CUCCCCGUGCCGGAGCGUGUGUGGAUGUGAGGACUCUUUCUCUGGUGUUAUUUGAGUGGCUGCAGGUACUGGUGUCUGCCUCUGUGCCGGAGGGUUGACGAGAGAAAAAAAGAGGACUAGUGCUCGAUAUCCCCCUCUGGCCUCCCCAUCUCCCUGCUCCCUGUCACUCCAUCCUUCCUUCCUCCCUCCCGGACCACCCGUCAGCGGCCGGAUCAACCCGCCCGCACCCUCCUCCUACAACCCCUUUGACUAUCCUCACUUCACCGUCCCGUCUCAUCAACUCUGUGCAGCAAUCCAACAUUGCUUGAAGUUGAAGUCUGGAUUUGACGGCGCAGUUGCAGACAAUCUUGUUGGGAAGAAGUCAUCUUUUAUAGAGGGAGGAGUUGCUCAGGGUACACUGGACAGACACAAUUCUUUCAAGUCUUCUGGUAGUGUGACGGCACGUGGUCACAUGACCUGGAAGAGAAAACCCAAGAGACUUCUGGGAUCCCUAUCUGAAUGGGCCGCUUAUCAACCUGGAAAGAAGUCCAAAGGCUGAUGAACUGAUCCGCACAGCGACACAGCUGCGCUCUCUUCCCCUGUUCAUCUGUCCAAUCUCUCCAUUUAUGUCCUGAGAUCCACAACUUUCAGCAACUCUGGUGACUGGUUGGCUGCUGUACCAUCAUUCUUGUCCUGCUCCUGGGAAUUUCCUGUCACGUGACCAUAUUCCCACUUCACCUACACUCUUAGUAUGGAACCCAGCAAAGUCCAGUCCGAGGGCGGGCUGAAUGUGACCCUGACCAUCAGGCUUCUCAUGCACGGCAAGGAAGUCGGAAGCAUCAUUGGAAAGAAAGGUGAAACUGUGAAGAAGAUGCGUGAAGAGAGUGGCGCUCGCAUCAACAUCUCAGAAGGAAACUGUCCUGAGAGAAUCGUCACCAUCACUGGGCCCACAGAUGCCAUCUUCAAAGCCUUCGCUAUGAUCGCAUACAAGUUUGAAGAGGAUAUAAUCAACUCCAUGAGCAACAGCCCAGCCACCAGUAAGCCCCCUGUCACCCUCCGACUCGUGGUGCCCGCCAGUCAGUGCGGAUCUCUCAUUGGUAAAGGAGGCUCCAAAAUCAAAGAAAUGAGAGAGUCCACAGGGGCUCAGGUUCAGGUAGCAGGGGACAUGCUGCCUAACUCCACAGAGCGCGCCGUGACAAUCUCUGGCACUCCGGAAGCCAUCAUCCAGUGUGUCAAACAGAUAUGUGUGGUCAUGCUGGAGUCCCCACCGAAAGGUGCCACCAUCCCCUACCGCCCAAAGCCCGCCUCCACCCCCGUCAUUUUUUCAGGUGGCCAGGUAAGAGCCGACCCGCUGGCGGCGUCCGCAGCCAAUCUCAGCCUGUUACUCCAGCACCAGCCACUGCCUGCCUACACAAUUCAGGGACAAUAUGCCAUUCCACACCCAGAUCUCUACUGUCCCUCCAACCCUCAGCAGUUGACCAAGCUCCACCAGUUGGCUAUGCAGCAAACCCCCUUUACCCCCCUUGGACAGACCACCCCUGCUUUCCCUGGUCUGGAUGCCAGUCCCCCGGCCAGUACUCAUGAACUCACCAUUCCCAAUGAUCUAAUAGGCUGCAUAAUCGGGCGCCAGGGAACCAAAAUCAACGAGAUCCGCCAGAUGUCUGGAGCGCAGAUCAAAAUCGCUAAUGCCAUGGAAGGGUCAUCAGAGCGCCAGAUCACCAUUACAGGAACCCCUGCCAACAUCAGCCUUGCCCAGUACCUAAUCAACGCAAGGUUCAGAGAUGUGGCAGCCAUGUGGACUGACCCCUCAUCCAUGACAACAUCUUGAAGCCCCAAAGCAGCUGAUUCCCAAUAAAGCUUACAUACAGUAUUCCCUUAAAACUCACCAGUGGUCCCACUAAACCCAAUGGUCUCAAGUUCAUCAGUAGCUACGCUCAUGUAAUUUAGGCAGAUGACUGAAAAAAUAAACCCAAUGAAACACAGGAAAACUGUAGUAUGAAUUGUUUAUGUUAUACAGUGUUUUAGUGUAGUGUUUUAGCAUUCUGAAUGCUCGGAUCGUGUUGUAUAUUUAUUAACUCUUUUGUCCAGAUUAGUUAAGUAUCGUUGCUGAAUCUUGUAGUAUGUCGGAAAAGAUGAAAAUUUCUUUAAAAAAGCCAGAAAAUAAAUAAAAAAGUGCGUCCGGUUGCAUUUUAGCAAUGCUGUUGGCAAGAAGCUAGUGAUGUGAUGCAAGUUUGUGAGGAUGCUGUUACAUUGAGGAAACAGUUUCUUCAAAGAUGUAGAAGAAAUUAUUUUACAUGUGAAUUUGUUUGAUUUCACUUCUACAAAGUAUAAAGAAAUACGUCACAGUUACACAGAGAUUUUGAGAUUUACUAAACGUGGAGAGCAACAAAGCGGAAUAAGCUGUCGUUCCUAUACAGAAUGCUUUCUGAUUAUUUUGUUAUGUAUUUUUUCUAUCUUUUCCUUUCCCCUCCCCUUUUCCCUCCUCACCUAACUGUUCUAGGCUGACGUCUGAGGUCACUGGAAUGGGCACUCUCUAAUUUCUACCCAUGAUCCUUCACUGCAUCACAUGACCCUUGAGCCAAUGGCAUUGCACCUAGUUUGUUUUUCUCUCUGUAUUGAGCUGUCAUGUAUUUUCAGUCCUUUUAACUCGUUUAUAUUGUAUAACGUGCACAUAUUUAAGAUGUCACUCCUACUCGACCUCUGUUGUGAUCCUGACGAUCCUUAUUUAUGACUUUCUUCCUGUUUAUUUUUAAAGUACAGUUCAUUUUUUGGUCCUCUAGUACCUCAUGUCACUGACUUGUGUCCUGUUUUGUCAUCGCUUCACUGUGAUUUCAUCUUUUGCGAUCUAAAUGUAAUGGUGUGCACUGAUGGUACAGCUACGCUAAUCCUCCAUUGAAGUCACAUAAAAUUUCGUAUUUUUAAAGCAAGAGCCCUGUGAUUCAUUCUGAAACACAGAGCUCUGCUUACAAGGUACUUCACAACCGUGCAUCUCGUACAAAUAGAUGGCAUUGAAAUGCAUAUGCCUGUAUAUUUCUUUGCAUCUGUCAAUGUGGCAUGUGGAGUUACUCUGAAUCCAUUAUUAGUCUCUCGUAUUCACUUUCAAAACACUGGCUGCAAACAAAUGCGACCGAGAUUCAAGGAUUUGCGCUCAGAGCUUUACUGCAUGCUUACAAUCUGAGUUAAUAAUGGUUGAAUAUAGUGCAUUAGAGAAGAAUCGUUUAUGAAAUAUUUUAAUAUGCAACGUGUUAUUUCAGCAGAGUGAAAAACAUGCAUUGUUUCUUUGGAAGUGAAAACAGAUUAGCUGAUAAUGGAAUCCAUCCCAACGCACUGCCGCUUCAUUCUCACAGCGUUUUCCAUAUCGCUCUCAAUAUGGCAAUGUACACAAGCUCUGCAUGCGUCAAGCCACUGACAGCUUCUGAACAUGCACACGCAGUCUAAACACCUGUGUGUUUUUCUGCACAUAGAACGCUUUACUAUCAUCUGUAGGUCAUCUCAUCAUUGAUGGGCUCUGGAAUGUUUAGGCAGGAUUGGAAUGCGAUGGCAGGUGUACCACCUUUGUCUGCCAAUGCUCAAAGGUUACUCCUUUAUAACAGUUUUAAGUAAGGCUACUGUCUUUUUAUGAUUAUAACCAAUAUCCAUGAUUCCUGUCUAUACUACUCCUGCAGGUGUAGCCUUACUGGUCUAAGAAGUCGUGAAUGAUUUUGAUUGCAAACUCUCUAAUUUGAUCAAGGCUUUUUGUGUUGCAUGUUAUGCUGUGGUUAGAAAGUAAGGCAGCCUGUGAACAUCUUAAAAGAUGCAUAGUUCAUAAUUUCCAUCUAUUGGCACCUUUAGAAACAAUUCCUUACAUUUUGGAUAUGAUUGUGUGACUAUAUCAUUUUUAAGAAUGAAAUGAGGGAUUUCUGUAGCAAACACUGGCCAUAAUGCUGUGGGGUGGAGUUGUGGGCGGAGCUACCUGUGUGUCUAAAAAUGGCCAAUAUAAUAUUUUUCUUCAUUGAUUUAUUUACCCACUACUACUAACAUUGCCCUAGUUUGAUUAAGCUCUGGAUGUUUUUCCAUACCAAGCAGUGCACGUGUUAAGUUUUCCCUUUGCCCAAAUCUGAACUUUCUCCACUGUCGACAAUCAAUAUGUAUUUCACUCUCCACAUUUACAUCAAGCAAAUGUGGUACUGAGGUUAAACGUUGAAUGUAACUGCUUCAACAUGUGAUUUACUAUUCAACAAACAGACUAAACUUUUCUUUUUCUCAAUGCAUCGCACGGUUUUACAUGAGAAUGUGUGAUCAAGCAUUAGGAGAACUUCUUCUUUUUCCACUCUCAUAACUGAAAAUGCAUUCGCUUUAAGAUAACCAGGUAAAAUUGCAUGUAUUUCAAAGCUCUAAAGAAAAAUUCUAGAUUUAUAUAUUUGGUUUUGUAUUUGUUUACACUACAGCCAAAUCAAAGAUGCACUCAAGGGUUCAUCUACAGUCCACAGUCAAGCUUCAUUAUAAUAUAGAUCAAUUUAUAAGGUAUGAUUAAGUAUCAUGUAAAGUAUGAGCACAGAACUUUUGUAAUGUUGGAAUUCAACGUGCAAAAUGAAGUAUACACAAAAUGAUGUCAUGGUAGUUCUUUAAAUGACUCAUUUAUCGGGAAUUAUUCAACACGUUUUGUUGGUGUUUUAGAUUACGUUUCUUGUCUCAUUUAGCAUAUGUUUCUCACUGCUUUGAAUUGUAACAUUCGUGUCAGUGUCUUAGGCUCGGUUAAAGAUUAAGUUCGAUUGUAUGUUUCCACAAGGCCAUGUCUUGUGAUAACUGUACGGAAUGUUUUGUUUAAUGUUCUCUUUAGUCCAUUAUGUGGUGUGUUUUAGAUCACUGUACAGAGGUAUAAUAUGUAAAAGCAUGCUUAACUGUGACAUUUCUUAGUAGCAGAAUGCUUUACCAAGGGAGGCUCUUGUUAUUUUUCAUUGCUAUUAACAUUAUUACUCAGUAUUGUUUUUUCGUUUUUCACAAAUGCAAUAAAAUAAAUGCUUGUGUGUGACUGCAGUGAUAUGUUGAAAACGAUAAACUCUUUGGUGGAAAACAUGGUAAGGAAUUUCAAACUGCUUCUAUGUUUUGGUCAUAUUUUAUCUUUGCCCGGCCUUAUGAUGUUUCUCAUCCAAAUCAUGUGUUUGAUUUGCACUCAUAGCUUAACACAAAUUCACACCAUAUACACUGAAAACCAUUACAUUGCAAUCAUUUUGUUGGUCAUGCAGAUUUGUAUUGUACUAGAGCAGCAAAAAAAGAAGAAAUAAAGCCCUCGGUCUGUCUGUGAUUCUGUAAAUGAUUCUGUUAAAAAAUGUAAUGAAGAGUAACUAUUUUAUGUUGAACGAUUUGCUGCUUGCAGGUUUAUAUUAGAUUUAAAUUACUGCUGAGGUUAGGUUAACUUUGAAAUGUUUUGUAAAAAGAUAAGAAUAAAGUUUGUUUUUCCCUUGAA